CGCCGUCGGACUCACGACCAACCAGUACCCGAACCUGAUGUAAACAUGCCAAGCAAGGCCCAGAAUCAGGCCCAAAUCAGCUGUUAACACCAGAUAUUCACAAUACGAUAUUAGAACAGUAGGAAAGUUUAGAAAUACACCCCAUCACGCACCACAACCAGUAGAUAGAUACAUUACAUUACAAUAUUGAAGAAACCUUCAUCACCCACAAGAUUACUCCGGUUGACCGCCAUAUGCGCGUCAAAAGACAUCGCCAAUGAGCAACCCCAACACGUCCGGCGGCACUGCCGGAACAGUCGAAGACGAUGAGUUAACCCUUCCUCGUGCCAGCAUCAACAAAAUGAUCAAAGAACUAGUCCCGACUGUACGGAUAGCCAAUGAGGCACGUGAGUUGGUACUCAACUGCUGCACUGAGUUCAUUCAUCUUCUCAGCUCUGAAGCAAAUGAGAUUUGCAACCAACUGAAUAAAAAGACUAUUAAUGCAGAUCAUAUUUUUAUGGCACUAGAAAAAUUAGGAUUUACAGAUUAUCAAGCAGAAGCAGAGGCAGUACUGAAAGACUGUAAGGCUGUUGCAGCCAAGAGAAGGAGACAGAGCACAAGGCUGGAGAAUUUGGGCAUACCAGAGGAAGAGCUGCUCAGGCAACAGCAGGAGUUGUUCGCAAAGGCAAGGCAGGAACAGGCUUUUGCUGAGCAACAACAGUGGGAACAAUUGCAGGCAGCUGCACAGCAAGCACAAGCAGCUGUCCAGCCCAGUGAUGAUCAAGAUGAUUACUCCUAAUUCAGAAUUUUCUACUUAGAUUAAUUUCCAAUGCAAGGAUGUGCUGUUUUUAUUUAAUUUAUAAUCCGUAAUACUAUGACGCAAAUGCGAACUGGAAUAAAGUAUAACUUUUUGACAAAA